AUGACACGUAUCACACUGUUCCUAGUUCCACUUUCUGUUGUAUUAGGGAUAGCACAUACGUUACCAUCUCAAACAGAACAUGCUACGACUGAACUUUCAAAGGCGUCAAACCAGACCACUGCUCGUAACGGCACCAGCAAAGCAAACGAAGACGAAGGCUGGGAGUUCGAAAAUACCACCGUUGUAGACACAAGGAGAAUUUUGUACAGCAAAGACGUACAAGUAGGAAACAGACCUUAUAUGGUCUAUCUCCAACUGACUAAAGAAUCAGCGAAAGCCCACAAGUACCGUGGCUGGUUAUGCGGGGGUGUCAUCGUGGAUCAGUACUAUGUCCUCACAUCGGCAGCUUGUGUCGAAGAUGCCGAUCGGUUUUACAUCGUCUCCGGCACCACUAAAUAUGUGGAUAGCUUCGAUUAUAAAAAGAACGACUGUGUGUGCAAAAAUCGUAGAAGAGUUGUUUGGAAAUGUAUACCUAAGAAUUACAAAUUCGACUUCCAAGACAGCAUCAAGUGGUCUUCGAACGACAUAGCCAUUGUGAAAGUAGACAAACCCUUCAAAUUUGGGGUCAUGGAGAAAGGAUGUGAAUUCGCAACGGACCUUAUUUGCUACAACAACAUCAGUAGGGAACUCGAGAAAGCCGGUACCAAAGGUUGGAUUGCGGGAUGGGGAAGUAUGAAUACGUUCAGGGAGGGAGUAUACCGGCGUCAAGAUGUGCAUAUACCGGAGAACUCCAAGUGUCUACAAGAAGCUAAAGUUUGCAUAAUGGACAAUGAAUCUUGCGCCAAGAAAUGGGCUCAGAAAUUCCGAAACAUUAUCACGCAAUAUAUGAUCUGCACCAAAGAUGUUAUGAAGAGACUCAGCGAGAUCUGUGAUAAAAAAUACGCCAACUGUACGGACGUAGAUACAAGACGAGCGGAGGCUGAUGAUUGGAAUGAUGCUGCAGCAGAUACAUUGAACGUAGAUCUGGGCAGGCACCUGAAGGAUCCUGAUGAUUAUACGGCGAGGCGUUCUUCGCUUCAGGGUGGCUUUUGCGAGAAUGACCACGGUGGGCCGCUGAUUGUGAAAUACCAAGGCAAGGAACGAGUUAUCGGCGUCAUAUCGGCGUGCAAGAUCGAUCCUAAGUCCCACAGUUGUCACGGGCCCUUCCUAUACACGUCAGUUUUCAAGAAUCGUCAAUUCCUCUCGUGUGCGAUAAACAAGGACGUUGAAAACAACUGCCGGCGUGUUUUCCGUUCGGGUAUCACUCACGAAGAGUGGACGGUCAGUUGGGACGGUGUCAAUGACGAUGAAGAUAAAUUGAGUGAGCAUAAAGACGAUGGUGAUAAUUCAGACAGAAGCGACAUUGACGAACUGAGGAGUGGAAAGAUUAAAUCGCAAAAACAAAACAAAAACACAGAUGCUGCAAACGAUAGUGACGAAGAACCGGCUGACAAAAAAGCUAGAGCUGGCAAAACGAAGGAAGAUGCCUCCGUGAAGCCGAAGAAAAAUAAGACAAAAUCAAGUAAACGCAAUAAGAAAACUAAGAAAUCUAAAGAUAAAUCAGACGGAAAAGGUAAAAAGGAAGUAAUGUAUGAAUCGACUAAAGAAGAUAACGUUAAUAAUCCCGAUGACGAAUAGAUUUCAAUAAAGUUUUAAAAACAUUAGUUUCUGGUAUCACUAAUUUUUUUACCUACCUAUGUUGAUGAUAGCCUUGAGAGGCUA